GCGGGGGUUUUCUCUGGCCGGGCUCCGCUAAUCCUGUUUGGAUCUGUGUAUCUGCGCCUUUGGCGGGGCUGUACCUGGGCGAGGAGGCCGUUGUUCGCUCGCGGGUCCCUGGCACGGGUAUCGGGGCUUGGUUUUGGGACUAGCCUCUUUAACCUCCCUCCCGACUUCUCCGCUUCACAGGUGCCUGGGAGCGACUGCGGCCCCCCGGGGCCUCUGCCCGGGGCAACCAGGGGCCCAUUCUCUCUCGAGGCUCGGAUGGGAGGCGGCGGGAGGUACGGCCUGGCAUGUUCAGUCUGAUGGCCAAUUGCUGCAACUGGUUCAAGCGGUGGCGGGAGCCCGUCAGGAAGGUGACUCUUGUGAUGGUGGGACUUGAUAAUGCUGGUAAAACGGCAACGGCAAAGGGAAUCCAAGGAGAGUAUCCUGAAGAUGUAGCUCCUACUGUUGGCUUUUCCAAAAUUGACCUUAGACAAGGAAAGUUUGAAGUCACCAUUUUUGACUUGGGAGGUGGAAAAAGAAUUCGGGGAAUCUGGAAGAAUUACUAUGCUGAGUCCUAUGGGGUAAUAUUUGUUGUGGAUUCCAGUGAUGAAGAGAGAAUGGAAGAGACAAAAGAAACAAUGUCAGAAGUGCUAAGACAUCCUAGGAUAUCGGGAAAGCCUAUACUGGUGUUGGCAAAUAAACAAGACAAGGAAGGGGCUUUAGGAGAAGCUGAUGUGAUUGAAUGCCUAUCUCUGGAAAAACUGGUCAAUGAACACAAGUGCCUAUGUCAAAUAGAACCUUGUUCUGCAGUCUUAGGAUAUGGAAAGAAAAUUGACAAGUCCAUUAAAAAAGGCCUUUAUUGGCUGCUACAUAUCAUUGCAAGAGACUUUGAUGCCUUAAAUGAACGCAUCCAAAGGGACACAAUGGAACAGCGUGCUCUUGAAGAACAAGAGAAACGAGAAAGGGCUGAACGCGUGCGAAAAUUACGGGAAGAGAGAGAACAAAGAGAGCGAGAGCAGGCGGAACUGAAUGGAACCAGCAGCCUAGCUGAGUUGGACCCUGAACCAAUUAUCGUUAAUCCUUUCCAGCCAAUAGCAUCUGUCAUCCUUGAGAAUGAAAGAAAACUUGAAAAAGAAAAAAAGAGACAAAAUAUGGAGAAAGACCGUGAUGGCGGCCCCCUGAAUCGUAAAGUGGAGCAUGAGCAAAUAGAGACACAGAGCCAGAUCAGUGACAGUAGCCAAAAAAACAAUGAGCUUGGAAUAGUAGAAAAUUAUAAGGAGGCAUUAACACAGCAGUUGGAGAAUGAAGAUGAGACAGACCAGCGAUCAUCAGAAUCAGAUAACAGUAAAAAGAAAACUAAGAAACUAAGAAUAAAAAGGAGUCACCGUGUAGAACCUGUUAAUACAGAUGACUCUGCUCCUAAGAGUCCAACACCACCCCCACCUCCUCCUCCUGAUUUCUAUGGAAAGCCACUGCCUCCACUGGCUGUGCGACAGAGACCUAACAGUGAUUCUCAUGAUGUGAUUUCAUAGCCAAGUCACAUGGAUGCACUAAAUACAGGCAAGAUCAACUAGAGGACCUUCUUUCUCAAAGAAGAAAAGCCCUAAACAUUCAUGACUAGGACAAGAUAACCAUGGCAAUUUCAGUAAGGAGUCGAAUAGCCAAAGACUGGACUGAUCUGACAAUUAUCCAUGUUAUUCAUGGUUUUAAAAAAAAAAAAAAAAGAAA